GACGCAUUGUUGCUGUUCGUCUGUUAACACGGAAGUCUCGGUGACAUGACGCACGCAGUCAGAUGGAGACCGUGAAAUAAACAAAACACCGCGUUUUCCUCUGGCUACACGGAGAGGUCGUGAUUAAUGGUUCUCUCCAUCAUGCUGCUGCUGGUAGGUUGGUUUCUGCGUUUGUGAGAGCUACACUGGCCUGCUGGGAUGAACAUGCCACUGCAUCAGAUCUCUGUCAUCCCUCGGGAUGUCACAUCCUCCAGGGGGCCUGGCAGCAGCGGAAAGGCCAAGGACAAGGACCGAGACAAACAGAAUGAGAAAACACUGGGUCAUUCUGCAAGCAGGUCCAGUAACAUUUCAAAGGCAGGGAGUCCAACUUCUGUGAACACUCCUAUCGGCUUCUCUAGAACUUCAGUCACACCUUCAAACCAGGACAUCUGCAGUUCUAAUGCUAGUGCCCCAGUUCAGGAGCAGGUUUCUAAGAAACCUGUGCAGACUGCUGUGGUUUUACUCAAUUCCAGUGAUAAAAAACGGGCAUCGCAGAGCAUCACUAUGACAACGCUUUGUCUUGACUCACCCAUCAAACCCAAAAAUAAAUCUGCAUUUGGAGCUGAAUGGCUUUCACUGUUAAAGCCCUCGGUCAACCUCAGGCCGCACGCCAGCACGCUCAAGUUCUCCAAGUCCCUAAAUGACGUGGGUCAGAAAAUGGACGGGUUGUGCAGCCUGCACUUCGCUGAACGCACAUGCUCAGAUGGCGAGCUGCGCUCGGAUACCAAAGGGGAUGCAGAAUGUAAUAACCAGGCCAAGACUCUUGUGGUCAAGCUGACUCGCCUGCCUCCUCUCUACCCCACUCAGCACGCCUUCUCUACCACCUAUGGCUACUUGAGUGCUCACCCUUCUGACAUGCACAAGAGCUCCAAUCUGCUGCGCUUCUUCUUUCCAUUCCCACGCUCCUCCACAGCAUGCAGCCUGCCUCUGGAUGAGCUGGCGGCCUGUACCAAGCCAACCAGUGCCUUGCUGGAGAUAAAUGAAGCAUACAGUGAAGAGAUGGGUGAUGACGAUGUGUUUGAAGAGGAGUCUGGAUGGAGGCUGAAGGCUGAGGAACAGCCCGCUCCUCUCUGCUACUUGGAGGAGGACGGAGAUCUGGAUCACUGCUUCUCACCACUGAUGGAGAAAACUGGCCCAUCCUCGCUAUACUCUCUGACUGGGGAUUGCUGCAGGAUCUGUCACUGCGAGGGAGAUGAGGACAGUCCACUGAUCACGCCAUGCCACUGCACAGGUAGUCUGCGCUUCGUGCACCAGGCCUGUCUACAACAGUGGAUCAAGAGCUCAGACACUCGCUGCUGUGAGCUUUGCAAGUUCGAGUUCAUUAUGGAGACCAAACUAAAGCCGUUACGCAAGUGGGAGAAGCUGCAGAUGACCGCCAGCGAGAGGAGGAAGAUCAUGUGCUCAGUCACUUUCCAUGUUAUUGCCAUUACAUGCGUGGUCUGGUCACUGUACGUCCUAAUAGACCGCACUGCGGAGGAGAUCAAACAAGCCCGGAGAAUACCAGGGAUUUUGGAGUGGCCUUUCUGGACCAAGCUUGUGGUAGUGGCCAUCGGCUUCACAGGCGGACUGGUUUUCAUGUAUGUGCAAUGCAAAGUCUAUAUCCAGCUGUGGAGGAGACUUAAGGCCUACAACAGGGUGAUAUAUGUGCAAAACCGGCCAGAGACCUAUAAAAAGACUAUUUUCGAUAAACCUGUACUUAUGGAGCCAAACUUGGAAAAUAAAGAGGGUUUUGGACCAGCGCAGUCAGACACAAACUCUUCACAGUAUACAGAGACUGAGGACUACAGCAUGGAGAUACUGCAUGUGUGAGCAGCGCAUCCUCAACCCAAUUCCAUGGGAACAGAUGAUGCUCUGCCUCCUGCCAGGGUACAGGUGGCACCACAGCGCACUGGGCAGAGUUAACUGAGAUGGAACUCCUUCUGUUUUUUAGGUGUUUUCUUUGUUUUGUCUGUUCUGUUUCUGUAAGUUGUUGGCUAGCCAUUACGAGUCGGUGUGCAUCAGGUCCAAUUACUGCCAUUGUACUGCUCUUGUAGGAGAUGUUUGAAGCACCACUCGAGCUGUGUGCAUCUCUGCUCACCGUGUGUGUGAGUAUGUGUCUCUGCGCUGGUUCUAAUGGAAUCCUUAAUGCAUUUAAGCACUUUUUAGUUCCUCUUUCAAGGUUUUCCUGUUUUAAUACUCAUACAUUUAUACAUACACAAGGAAAAAUACAAGCUUGAAGAUCUGAGAGUUUUUCUCACAUUUUAUAUGACAUUUUUUAUUCCCACACAAACUUUGGAUGUAAAAACUGGAAAUUUAAGGAGUUAUAAGGGGAAAAUGGACAUGUUUUUGGAGUGUUCAUGCCAUCUUUCAUAAAAAAAAAAAGAUUUUCUGAGUUGAUCUGUCUUUUUCAUUUGUUUUAUCUGAUAUUUAACUUAUUCUAAAGGUGAUACUUAUUCAAAAUUAAAUUAAUGAUUAUCUAACAAGGGCUAGAGCCACUAAAGCUGCUUGCAGUGUUUUAGCAUAUUUGCUAGUGCUGUAACUUGUGACGGGCCCAUCGAUGAUACACUGACCACUAGCUAUGCUAUAGUUUCUGACCAGGCUAUUAGCCCUUAAGUGUUCCUUCUGAGGGCUCUAAACUGCAGCAGAUUUUUCAAAUCUCAUCCAUUACCAGUUAGAGGACGUUUUUCUGCAGAGAUCAAAUUACUUGUAGCAUCACAACAACUUUCAAGAUGAGUCGUGUUUUCUAAACUUGAGUGAUUCUUUAUGUUGAGUCUUUGUUUUCAACACUUUACUUAAAAAUUUUGUUUCCUUUGGUCUUAGUUGAAGAGUACCUUAUUUUUCUAACCCAGUAGGACAGUUUUUUAUUCGUGGUUUUCGAGCUUCAUUUUGAUCCCAUAACCAUACACACUUUUACAUGACAUAAUUGGUUAACCUGUAGCCUCAAAGAUUUUGCUGUAUUCCUUUUGUCAUUAUAGUUCUUCAUCCAUAUUUAAAUUAUAAUUUCAGCAUGUAUGACCUUAGCAUAUGAUGUUUUAAUAAUGACAACAAAUUGAUCAAUCUAGAACAAAUCUACAUAAUCUGUAGAAUUUGUUGCAUGGUGUCCCAAAAUAACUUUCUUUUUUUUUUUUUUUUAGCUCUUUCUCUUAAAAGAUACACAAUGUUGUAAGGAUGUUACAGUUAUAAACGUUAUAAAAUUUCCACAUUAGCUGUGACUUUCGCUAUUUCCUCAUGCAGUGUUUUUGAUAGGACUGAUCACAUUCAUCUUCCUCAUUACAUUAGAAUGUCGGUGCAAACCUAAAAUCAGAGCAUACUUCUGCCAUCUAGUGGCACAAGUCACAUUUUACCUUUUCUUAUCCGGAUUUUUAAGUACCAAGAAAGUUUGGUGCAAUUUAAGCAAAAUGAGCAAAAAGUGCAAUUACAGUUUGUUGGCGGGAUCAUUCUUGCAGUCCUUUUCCACUUUUCACAUAGAGUUUUGAAUUUCACACUUUAUGCAAAUAACACUACAGGUUUGAUAUUGCACAGCUGAUAUAAUAUUCUCUGAUCCUUGAAAUCCUUGAUGCUUGUGUAGGGAAGUGUGGAUCUCAACUGUCUUCUGCUUUGCUACAUGGCGACUGCGGGAAUGCCCUUUACAAGCUUGUAAAUCCUAACGAGCGCAGUUUUUGCACAACUGCAGCCUGGCGUCCUUUAUGAUUUAAUCUAAUUUUACUUUGUGGUUUAGAAAUCAAUGUAUAGAUGGGUUUUUGUUAGGUGAACAGGAGCUGGCUCCUUUAACUGUGGGACCGCUGACAAUUUAUGGAAUUAAGCUUCAACUGUAGUAUUUUUUGGACAAGGUAUGAUUUGGAAAAUUUUUGGAUUGUAAUUCUGCAUAUGCCUUGUCAGGUGUCAGCUUUGCUGAAUCGCUGCACUGCGUCUGCAUUGUUUAGCAUUGAUCUGUUGCAGUAUUUGUAUUGUUUGUCUCUCUUCAUUGCUGCAGGUUGCUAGUUGUUGAGCUCUGAUGAUCACAUGAUCAAUCAUGCUUACUAACACAUACAGAAGACACGUGCUUAGAAAGUGUUUCUUGCAAACUGCAAUUUAUUGCUACUGAAUCAACUUGAAUGUGGUCAACAUGACUGUUUCCUAGCCCUGUCUUGUUCCAUUUUUCUCUUUGUGACUUUUCUUUCAACAGUAAAAAUAUUUUUUUUUCAUAAUGUUUUUAAUGAAAUCUUGAUGUGCUUUGUUUUCUUUAUUUUCACAUAUUUGAUUAUAUAGACUGUAAACCAACCAAAUAAAAUGAAGUAAACCUAUACAUUGUUGCAAAUGAGACAUUUUGUUUUUUCUCCACACUCUGUACUACUGUUAUAAAUUGGUAGUUGCUUUGACAUGGCACUGCCUAAUAAUUUCGAACGGUUUAUUGGAAUAUAAAUUUCCUCAGUUUCCUCAUGGCUACUUUGUCAUCAAGGCCUUUCGCAAGCACUGUGUCGAAAUAGAGAAGCAGUAGACCUAAUUGAACACAUUGCCAUGGCUUUCUCAGUAGCUAAAUAUGGUUUUGUGAAACUGAAAAGACUGUAAUUUACAUGUAUAGUUUUGUAUUUUGUGUAUCUGUACAUUUUUUCCUCAGUAUUACGCUUUUAAAAGGUUGACUUUAAGUUUCUUAAUUGAGAUGUAAGUGAUGUUGUUUCGUGUUUUUAAGGGGAGAUUAAAUGGAGCAAUAAAAUAAACCCUUGAUGAAACCAGCA